AUGGAGCCUUCAACGACAUCAUCAUCUACAUCUUCACCUGCAAAGCGACGCGCCCUCGCUCCCUUGGAUGCCAACGCGCUUGCUGCACCAAAGAACUUAUUCAAGCCUACGCUGGGUCACAGUCCUGUCAAGAUGGCCAUCGAGGGAAGGAAGAGGCUGCUCGAUAUCGAGGGUAGCGCGCCGGCGGCUAAGAAGGCGUGUCUGGGACGUGAUGAGGACGCGUCUGUGAGAAGUGCCAGUCCUGACGUGAGCUCCGUGUUCGACACGUCUGCCAACGAUGCAUCAUGGGUCACCACCACGAGCGAUCAUGAUACAGCUCCACCAGCGGCGACUACGCAGCAACCUACGAUAUUAACACGCCAGCAAAUAAGACAAAGAGCAGAAACACUCCGUCUUCGCCUAUCGCUCGCCAACUACAAAGUCCGCACAGGCCAAACGACCGUGCCCCUCUCAGAACUCCAACAACGACCGCUGCCCCGCGAAUCCCCGCGCGUCGUCCGCGUGCAGAGUCCCGUGUCCCCCGCUGCGCCUGCGCCUGUCCAAGAGGAAGUGGAAGCGGCUGCUGAGACGAGGAGUCGACGAGACUCGAUAGACUCCCAGGCGACAGAGAUCGUGCCGUCAGACGACGAGGAGCAAAUCUGA